AUGAAAGACUUGGGAAACCUUAAAUACUUCUUGGGAAUAGAAGUACUGCGGUCUGAAGGCGGAAUCUUCUUACGACAGAAGAAAUACACCCUCGACAUUCUAGCGGAGACAGGCUUGAUUGAUUGCAAACCAGCCGAUACACCAAUCUUAGUGAACCACGGGCUACAGAUCUCUGAUGAAACUGAAUUAGCAGACCAAGGAAAGUACCAGCGACUGGUAGGGAAACUCAUUUAUCUCUCUCACACUAGACCAGACAUUGCAUAUGCAGUAGGAGUAGUAAGUCAAUUCAUGCACCGACCACAAAAAGACCACUAUGAAGCUGCGUUGAGGAUCGUGCGGUACCUCAAAGGAACAGUUGGACAUGGAAUAAUGUUCAGAAAGAAUGAACACUGA